AUGCGUGCUAUCAGGAAUUGUUUUUGCUUGAAGAAACGCAAACCUGGGUUUGAAGAGCCUUCCAUUCUUGCUGCUGAAACACAUUUUACUGUGAAUGAAGUAGAAGCUCUACAUGAUCUGUUCAAGAAGUUAAGUAGCUCCGUAAUCGAUGAUGGUCUGAUUCACAAGGAGGAAUUUCAGCUUGCAUUAUUUAAUAACAGCAAUAAGAAGAAUUUAUUUCUAGAUAGAUUAUUUGAUUUGUUCGACAUUAAACGUAAUGGCGUUAUUGAGUUUGGAGAGUUCGUUCGCUCUUUAAACGUCUUCCACCCCAGAGCUCCAGAAGCAGAUAAAAUUGCAUACUUGUUUAGAUUGUAUGACCUACAACAAACUGGCUUCAUUGCGCGUGAUGAGUUGAAGGAGAUGGUAUUGGCUCUGCUUAGUGAAUCAGAUCUGUCACUUUCCAAUGAUGCGGUGGAAUCGAUUGUGGAUAAGACAAUGAUGGAAGCAGAUUUAAAAGGAGAUGGGAAGAUCGAUGAAGAAGAAUGGAAGGAAUUCGUGACGAAUAAUCCAUCUAUCUUAAAGAACAUGACACUUCCAUAUUUGAAGGAAUUGACUAUCUCAUUUCCCAGUUUCAUACUGAACACUGAUGUAAAGGAUUUGGAGUAACCGAUGAAGACAGUAGGCUUGCUCGAGUUUUCUUUUCAACA